GUAUCAUGGCUCCUGUGGAACGCGCGUGAAGAUCGCGCCGGGAUCAAUUCGUGAUGGCGAACUUGACAGAAAAAGACUUUGCACCGCUGAGUGCGGCUUGCGUGAGGGCCCUGAGCGACAAGCUGUACGAGAAGCGCAAGACAGCAGCGCUGGAGAUUGAGAAGAUGGUGAAGGACUUCAUGAGCAAGGACAACGUGACGCAGAUCCGCAAGCUGCUCAAGCUCCUUGGCCAGGACUUCGCCCUGUCGCACAAUGCCAACAGCCGCAAGGGGGGUGUCAUCGGGCUUGCUGCCAUCGCUCUCGCUCUUGGCAAGGACUCGGGGCCAUACGUGGACGACCUGGUCAAGCCAAUCCUGGCCUGCCUGAGUGACUCGGACUGUCGCGUCCGAUACUACGCCUCCGAGGCGCUCUACAAUGUGGUGAAGGUGGCGCGUGGCGCCGUCCUCCCCAUCUUCAACGACAUCUUUGACUGUCUUAGCAAGCUGGCUGCCGAUCCUGACCAGAAUGUGAGGAAUGGAUCGGAGCUCCUUGACCGCCUUCUCAAGGACAUUGUCACGGAGAGCUCUUCGUUCGACCUGGUGGCCUUCAUGCCGUUGCUACGCGAGCGGGUCUACACGAAGAACAACUUUGCGCGAACAUUCGUGGUCUCUUGGGUGUCGGUGAUGAACUCGGUGCCUGACAUUGACAUGCUGAUAUUCCUGCCUGAAAUCCUUGAUGGCCUUUUCUACAUACUAGAAGACCCCUCGGUUGAACUCAAGAAAAUGUGUGAGACAACGUUGAGCGAGUUCCUGCGCAACAUACUGAAGCACCCCGACCGAGUGGACUUUGCUGCCAUGAUCCGGAACCUCAUCGUGCACUCUCAUUCCUCCGAGGAGCUGGUGCAGUACACGGCCAUCAGCUGGAUGCGUGAAUUUGUGGCGUUAUCUGGGCGUACGCUUCUGCCACACGCGGCGGGCAUCCUUGAGGCCAUCCUGCCCACCCUUUCGUACGACGACCCCCGGCGACCUGAAUCGCCUUCGCACGCCCAUGCCGCAGACAUCCGUGAAACGGCCAAGGCGGUGAACAUGCGGCUGAUGCAGCUGGUCACCGAGGAGGACGACCAGCCUUCGUCUCGGGGCCCCGUGGCGAGCGACAGCGACUCGCCCGCGGCACGAGGAUUGGGCCUCGGUCUGCAGCAGAGAAUAGCGGGCGAGCUCCAGCCGGACGGCAUCAACGCGACAGCCGUGCCUGUCGCAACCGAACUGGAGCUGACACCGCUAGUGAACGUGCUGACGCGGCAACUGAUGCACGUCUCCAUGCAGACGCGCAUUGCGGUGCUGCGCUGGUUCCUGCACCUAUUCACCAAGAUACCCAACAAGAUCUUUCUCCAUGUGGAGGAAAUAUUUCCAAAGCUGCUACAGACACUUUCGGAUCCAUCAGAUGAGGUGGUCCUGUUAGACCUUGAGGUGCUGGCAGAAAUCUCGUCGUCGAGCGCAGCCGGAGGCAGCGGGGCCCUGAAGCGGCCCAUAAGCGGCGGUGGCAGUGUGCCUGCCGGCGAUACGGUCGCAGUGCCCAACUGCUACUUUGGCAAGUUUAUGCUGUCACUGCUGGACUUGUUCCAGUCUGAUCUGCAGCUGCUCGAGGACAGGGGCUCCUUCAUAAUCAGGCAGCUGUGCGUUCUGCUGAGCGCGGAGGACAUCUACCAGUCCCUGUCUGAGAUUCUGCUGGGCCGGGAGGACCUGCGCUUUGCGGCGCACAUGGUGCAGACCCUCAACACCAUUCUGCUCACCUCCACUGAACUGUUCGAGCUGCGCAACCAGCUCAAGGACCUCAACACCAAGGAGAGCUGCUCGCUGUUCUGCUGCCUGUACCGGUCCUGGUGCCACAAUCCAGUGGCCACAAUAUCCCUGUGCCUGCUCACCCAGAACUACGAGCACACCUGCUCCCUGCUGCACCUCUUCAGUGACAUGGAGGUGACGGUCGAGUUCCUCACCGAAAUCGACAAGCUUGUACAGCUGAUUGAGUCACCAAUCUUCACAUACUUGCGCCUGCAGCUGCUGGACAGCCCGCAGCAGUCGUACCUGGUCAAGUCUCUGUACGGUCCUGCUCAUGCUACUGCCCCAGAGCGAGGCUUUCCACACGCUGCGCACAAGGCUCGCCUGCCUGCCGCAUCCGUCCCUGCAGCAGAUGGAUACUGGCACCACUAUUCGAAGAACUGCAGAGAACAACAACGCAGAGAGGUGCAAGUCUGAGAUCAACUUCCAGGAGCUCCUGGAGCACUUCCAGAAGGUGCAGGAGUCUCACAAGAAGGCUAAGCCAGCGGCCAGGCUUAGCCAAGUGCUACGAGUGAGUGGCUGUUGUGGAUUCUGGGCACCAGGCAUGACAGGAAUUUGACUUAGGUGUCACAAUUCUCAUCAAUGCAUAGAGUUCCGCAUUGCCGAGGGUCACACGUCGCUCCCGCGUCACACUAGAGGAUGCCUUCAACGAUUGCCUUCUUUUUGUGUCACCCUUAACGCUAUUGCGAUGCAAUUGUGACCCCACAUUCCUUGAAGCCACUUUAUAAAAGUGGUUCCAUAUUAAAAAAAAGAGAAUUGACGAGCGUCAUGUAGAAGCACUCAGCAAAAAGAAAAUUCUCAAGUGCAACUUCUAGUUGGUACUUCUGUUCCUUUUAGUUGAUUUAAGAUUUUUGUAUUGUCACCUUCUUACUGGGAUCAAGCUGUAGCAAGCGACAUGGAGCCAGCGUCACAAGUCACUUGUGUGACAUUGUGGUUUGUUUGUAGUGACAGAUGCGAGCUUCCUGCAUGCAAAAGAGCUUUGCUUGAAGGCUGAAAAAAAAAUUUUUUUCCAUGCAUCGAAUCUCUGCGGUGAAUACUGAUACAGAAAAAAAAAGCGAUCAGUGAUAAAGUUGAGUGUGACGGUAGGAAAAUUUCUUUGGUUUGUUUUUGACGAAAAUGCAUCAUUAUAUUCUCAAAAGUAUAAAUACAAGCUGUCAUUUUGGUGUGAUGCAUCACUCUGAAGUUUUUGUAGAGACAUCUUCAACUCUUAACCACACUGUGAUGUGCUAUGAAGUGUAUAAAUCUUCUGAGCUAGUGCCGAACUGGGUAAAAUAAAAUGGCUGCUCUUAGAACGAACGGUUGAACUUAGGUGACUGUAUGGAGAGGAUUUCGCAGUUGUAUCCUUAAUUUUUUUGCAACUGCCAAUGGAAAUUGAAAAGCUCUAAAAAAGGUAUUUUAACUUGACUGCAGAAAUAGCUGUCAUAGCUUUUUACGAGAAGCCUACAAUAUUAGCACUUAAAUGAGUCACAUAUGACUAAAAAUGCCAAUGAUGGUGUACUCUAGGGUAGGGCUUUGGAACUGCAAAGAAUUUCGGCAAAGGUGUAAAUUGUUGUGGUCAAUCGCUGUGCUUUGAGUACUGAUAUCACUUGCUUGCUUUCAGAAUUCUGAUUUAUUGCAGAGUUGCAAGCAUGAUGUUUUAACCCCUCAACCACCCAGAGGUCGAAACUCAGUUGUGAUAUUGCAGUUGCACACAAGCCUUCAACAAACACGCAGCCGCAAGAAUUUCUCCAAGCGGUGCCAUAAUAGCUGAAGUUACAGGCGUUUGAUGACCCAAAAGAGGCCCUCGCUUUUUUCGCUCUUUCCACCGACACGCUCAGUUUGUCGGCUCGUCUCUCCUCCUGGCAGAGUGCUUCCUCUCACUGUGUGAGGAGGAAGAGCGGCGAGCGCACGUACCUUCGAGCAGGCAAACAGUUUCUUUUUGUGGAUGACUUGACCAGCCAUGAAUGGUGACAUCCUGGCCAGUGCUGAGGAUACCGAAAGGGCCGGAGAGUAAAAGCGAUUGUUUCUUGGAGUUUGUAGUGUGCCCGCUGCUACGUAGCGCUGCCGCGUUUGGCAUUGUUCUUUGUGAGGGUAUUCUGAACUCGAUGCGCGCAUUUACUCGAGGUGUUAAAGAAUUAUCUGAGGGAUGUUUCGCAGUGACCUGCGCAGAGAUUGUUGGCGGGUCAUUUGCAUUCGAACAUGUAGUAAACGCUAAAUCUUCCACUAAAUGACAUCCACCUGUUGUGGAUACAGCAGCUGCCUUAUUGUAGGCCGGGCAUUACGGAGCGUUGAGAUGCCUGUGUACAGUGUGAGUUAUGGUGACGUAAAUAAAGGCUACACUAUUUAUUUUGUAUGAAUGUUUCA